AUGGAAAAAGGUAGCAUCCCAUUUGAACAAACCUUAUAUGGAUAUUUUGUGGGGAAAAGACUUGCAUUUCCGAUUGUUAAACAACGUACACAAGAGUUGUGGAAGGAUCAUGGCCUUUGCGAUCUUUUCAUAAAUGAUGAUGAUGUUUUCUUCUUCAAAUUUGACAAUCUUAUGGGUAUGAAUUAUAUUCUUCAAAAGGGAAUUUGGAAGAUUAAUGGUAUUCCUCUCUUCAUCCGCAAAUGGGACCCAAACGUUUUCAUAGAACAACCAACUCAUGAUCGGGUUCCCGUUUGGGUUAAUAUUUUUGGCAUUCCCCUCCAACUUUUUAAUAAGGAUGGUCUUAGUCUCAUUGCUAGAAAACUUGGAAAACCUUUGGAGGUUGAUUCUUACACUACUACUAUGUGUGAAAGAGCUACGGGUAGAGCGGUUUUCGCCUGUAUCCUCAUCGAGAUGUCGGCUAAAGAUCCUUGGGCUAAAGAAAUAAAAAUCGAAGCGAUCGUGAAUAAAGGUGCAACUUCUACAAAACUUCGAGUGGAGUAUCCUUGGAAUCCUAAGAGGUGUGACCAUUGCAAAAUUUUUGGUCAUGACCUUGCCACAUGCCCAAUUCACACAACUAGUACUCCAACCCCAAAGCCGACAAUGCCCCCACUAAAAGAGGUUGAUAAUGAAGGAUUCCAAAAGGUCAAGAGGAAAACUAGAUCAGUUCCAAUACUAAAAAAGAAGAUCCCCAAUGACAACCGUAAAGGAAAAGGCCCUGCUUUACAGAUUUCUCAAUCGAAAGAUACCCUCCCAGCUUCAGACGCACUUCCGAGCUCUUCUCAUGGUGGUUGUAUCUCCUCCCCAAUUGACCAGGGAUGA